AAGCGUAGCAACUCGCUUGGCCGUAACAUUUUUUUUCUGUAAAAUCGUGCGGGUAUUCCCGUAAGCUUUGCAAAAUAACGCGACGCAAAAGGAUGAUACACUCCGGGCGCACCAGGCUCGAGCUAACAUGGGUGUUUCAUGACGACGAGGCACAGAUUAAUAAGAAACUGCCAAAAGAACUGCUGCUUAGAAUUCUCUCGUAUCUCGACGUAGUUUCGCUAUGUCGGUGCGCGCAAGUAAGCAAAGCCUGGAACGUGUUGGCACUCGAUGGAUCCAACUGGCAGAGGAUCGAUCUCUUCGAUUUCCAGCGAGACGUCGAGGGACCAGUUAUAGAAAAUAUAUCGAAACGAUGCGGAGGCUUUCUACGACAGCUGUCUCUGAGGGGAUGCCAAAGUAUCGGGAACAAUUCGAUGUGCACGUUGGCUCAGUCGUGCCCCAACAUCGAAGAACUGAACCUGAGCCAGUGCAAAAAGAUCUCGGACGCUACCUGCGCUGCCCUAAGCAGUCACUGUCCGAAACUUCAACGACUGAACUUGGACUCGUGUCCCGAGAUAACGGACAUUUCCCUGAAGGAUCUCUCUGACGGCUGUCCGCUUCUCACUCACAUCAACCUGUCCUGGUGCGAGUUACUUACCGACAACGGAGUCGAAGCGUUGACGAGAGGUUGCCCGGAACUCCGUAGUUUUCUAUGCAAAGGCUGCCGUCAGUUAACAGACAGGGCUGUCAAAUGUCUGGCCCGUUACUGUACCAGUUUGGAGGCGAUCAAUUUACACGAAUGCAGGAACAUAACGGACGAUGCAGUUAGGGAACUCAGCGAACAAUGUCCACGAUUGCAUUACGUUUGUCUGUCGAAUUGUCCCAAUCUAACGGACGCGUCUUUGGUCACGCUGGCGCAACACUGUCCACUCCUUAGCGUGCUCGAAUGCGUCGCAUGCACUCAUUUCACCGAUGCGGGCUUCCAGGCUCUCGCGAAAAAUUGCAGACUACUCGAGAAGAUGGACCUAGAAGAGUGCCUUUUAAUUACAGAUGCCACCCUCAUUCAUUUAGCGAUGGGUUGUCCCAGAUUGGAGAAGUUGAGUCUAUCUCACUGUGAACUGAUCACCGACGAAGGCAUCCGACAGUUGGCCCUUUCUCCGUGUGCAGCGGAACAUCUAGCGGUAUUGGAAUUGGACAAUUGCCCCCUCAUCACGGAUGCUAGCCUCGAUCAUCUUCUACAGGCCUGCCAUAAUCUCGAGCGUAUCGAGCUUUACGACUGUCAACUGAUUACCAGAGCUGGCAUACGCAGACUCAGAACACAUCUGCCGAAUAUUAAAGUCCACGCGUACUUCGCGCCAGUAACACCGCCGCCAAGCGCGGGAGCAUCUCGGCAGCGAUACUGCCGAUGCUGCGUCAUUCUGUGAUUUCGCAUAAAACUGACUCUGAUGCAAAUCGUCCGAUGUACCACACUACAGGUGGACUUUUAAUUUCGAUGGUCGCCGAUUCACGGCGAUCGUGGGUCCUUCCCUCUUCCGGUUGCCAGACCGAGACUCUGGUCGCCUAUCGUCAACAGUGAGAACAAGCCUCGUCGUGAAUGAAAUCGCGAAUCCUUUGACAGACAUACCAAUUCGACUCGCAACACACGCAACGAGUACAAAAGAACAGUACGUCAACGACACUCUUAACUUCUACACGCACACUUAUCCACACACACUACACACACAUACACUACACACACACACACACAAUACACACAUACGUGCGCGCAUGCGCAAUUAUCAGCUGCUGCUGCUGCAAUUAUUACUAAUGUGUCACUGCUACUACCAGCUCACUGUAAAACUGUUUCUAUCACUGCUAUUCGACACUGUUGCGGUGUACAGUGAUAUAUCGUUUCUACUGGAACUCUAUUGAUUUUUGAUAGUACGUGCUUUAACAAUCGUCGUCGUUUCGUCACGGCAGUAAGUAACUAUUCGGCGAUGAAAGGAUAUUCCAAAGUUGUUUCACCGACGAUCACUUCGUUUCCCGAUCACACUCGUCGCACCGAUUUCUCGGAUAAAAGAGAAGAGAUAAAAAGACGGAACGACAGAGACGAAGACGCUAAUGACGAUGAUGAGGACAUCGGAGAGAACGAUGACGACUUGCGCGAUAGCAGCAAGCAUCUUUUCCUUUUUUUUUUUUUUAAUUUUUAUCUAACGAUAAGCGUUACGCACCGCUCCUAUACGGGCCAACACGAUCGUACGUAUCGAUCGUGAGCCGAAAAUUUUCGCGGUUGGAUGUUCCACGUGAAACAAAAUGAUAAGCAUAUAUACAUA